AUGCCUGCAAACCCCGCCGCCCUGCCAACUUCAAUAAGGAAGCCUCCUGUUCGAAGCAGCGGGCUGCCGCGUGCAUCCAUGGCGUCGCAUCCGUAUGCUCCUCUCGCUCGUUUGUCGAGUGCCGUGGGCGACGGCCCCAAUCAAAAGCGACGGAGCAUGAUGCCCCCAAGCCGUCCGGCCGAUGGCUUUCUUUCGGCGAGCGCGAACCGCAGCGACGGAGCUUCGAAUGGCAAAACGCCUCAGCCGGGACGUGCCCUUACUAGUACUCGUCGAUCGUCUGCUUUUGGCCCGACUGGUGGGCGUCAAUCAACCCUCGCGCCCUCGUACGGAUCCCACACGUUCAAGGAUCCCCGCCCAGUCAAGGUCCCCACUUUUACCAGCCAGUGCAAAGAGAACAUUGCAGGGUACCUGGCCAGUUGUCGGGCACAGUUAUCAUUGAGCGCAAAUUGGCAGGCCUCGCCUACGGCUCGCGAGUUCCAAGAUCUCUUCCGCUUCCUCGCUACCGGGCUUGUUGGCCCGAACUAUCCAUGGGGAAAGAGUUUUGAGAAAGACUGCUUGUCCAUCUUGCGCGACCUUCACUAUCCCGUUCUCGACACCCUCAGCAAGACCGCUGUCACGGCCCCUGGCAGUCACCAAUCUUGGCCUCUCAUCCUCGCCAUGCUCGACUGGAUGGUAGGAUUGUGCAAAGCGCAACAGCGUUGGCAAGAUCCUGCAUCAGUGUCUGAUUCCCUUCUCUGCCGGGCAAGUGAACUGUCUCUUCAGCAUCCCCAGCUUGAAGAGCGAUUGUUCUGGGACUUUGUUUCCGAAACAUACACAGAGUGGUUCGAGAGUGACGUCGAGGAAUUUGGACCUGCUCAGCGACUGCUGGAGGAAGCGUACGAGUAUGAGCGGUUCAUGAGCGACAAGCUCAAGUUCGACAACUUUAUUGAGAAGCACCGCGAGAAAGUCGACAACCUCAACCAUAGGAUCGAAGGAGUGGGUGGGGCGAUAAUGGACCUCGUCCAGCGAACUGCCACGACCCGCCAGCAUCUUGCCAAUGUCGAAGCCGAGGUUGCUGCGCAGAAUUUGUCACCAGAUGAGAUCAGUCGCAUGCAACACGACAAGGUUGCCCUCACACAGCAACUGCAGGACAUAGGUAACAAGAUCGCAGAGGCCAAGCGUCUAUGUCACGACCAGGAGAUGCGCGCAACACAUUGUAUGGAUGAGUGCGACAAACACCUCGAUGCCUACGACCGUCUCGGGGGCAGAAUCGGCACGUUGGGGGUCGCCGCCGACCCUUUGCCAUCCAGCUUUGUUCGCGUCGACUAUUCACUCAACAUGCAUCUUGGCGCCGAAGAUGCUCAAGCGAUUCUGCAGAGUGGGCGCUCAAAACUGGAGACCAUUCGGCCUGCCUUGGACAGCUACGCCCAAGGGUCGCGUGGCCAGGUUGACAAGCUUUGUGAAGAGGAAACAACGCUCGAGCGGAGGCAUCAAGACUUGAUGGAGAGCGUCGACAACAAGCGCGAGGAGGUAGUUCGGCGGCAGAUUCGGUAUGACAAGGAACGCAAGCAGGUCGACGAGCAGAGGGAGAUGCUCAAGGAGGAGAAGAGUGAGCACGGGAUGGCCAUAUCCAAUCUUGAAGCGGAAGUCAGGGGGAAUGGUUUGCCUCAAGGCGGGGUGGUGCAGGCCAAGGCUCGCCUGGACAGGUCAAAGAUGGUGUUCGAUAGCUUGCUACAGAAGACUCAGCAGCUCCAGGUACAAGCCCUCACUGAACUCCUCGGUCACGUCGAGGCCAUAUCGUCGUGCAAAAGUCGCACUGAGGAGAGUCUCGAGUCGGUGAUGCGCUUUGCUGAGCGGCAAGACUGA